CUUUUUCCGGUGUGUGAGUCAGUUGGGGGAGGGCAGCUCUCACCCUGGCUGAUAGUUCUGUGAUCUGAGUCUAUCUACUACAUGACUUCUGUUGAAAGAUGGAACACAGAAGUUUUCUGGCUGGUCUGAUACUGGCUGCACUUCUCUCCCAAGGCAAAGCUUCUUCAGUGAGCCCUGAGUAUCAAGUCAUGAAGGAACUUGAGGACAAAGUGAUUUUGAGUUGUGAUAGAGGCAUCACAUGGCUAAGUGGAAUGAAGGGGAAAUCGUUUUCAGACAAUACAGUUCUGGACUUGGGAAAACGCACCCUGGACCCACGGGGAUUGUAUGAGUGCAAUGUGACAACUGGAAACAGCUUCAAAACAUUUACAGUGCAAGUAUAUUAUCGAAUGUGCCAGAACUGUGUGGAGCUGGAUUCAGCUACCCUGGCAGGCGUUAUUGUCACUGAUGUCAUUGCCACUCUGCUCCUUGCUUUGGGAGUCUACUGCUUUGCUGGACAUGAGACUGGAAGGCUGUCUAGGACUGCUGACACUCAGGCUCUAUUGAGGAAUGACCAACUCUAUCAGCCUCUCAGAGAUCGGAAUGAUGCUCAGUACAGUCGUCUUGGUGAAAACUGGCCUCGGAACAAGUGAACCUCAGACUGAUGGCUUAUAGGAACAUCAGUUACUGACUGUACCACCUCUCCUUCUCAGCCAAUAAAGAUGUCUUCUCCCACUCA